AUGUCUUCCGUUACUGGUUUUUACAUUCCACCAAUUUCUUUCUUUGGUGAAGGUGCUUUAGAAGAAACCGCUGAUUACAUCAAAAACAAGGAUUACAAAAAGGCUUUGAUUGUUACUGAUCCUGGUAUUGCAGCCAUUGGCCUCUCCGGUAGAGUCCAAAAGAUGUUGGAAGAACGUGGAUUGAACGUUGCUAUCUAUGACAAAACUCAACCAAACCCAAAUGUUGCCAAUGUCACAGCUGGUUUGAAGGUUUUGAAGGAACAAGACUCUGAAAUUGUUGUUUCCAUUGGUGGGGGUUCUGCUCACGACAAUGCUAAAGCCAUUGCUUUGUUGGCUACUAACGGCGGGGAAAUCGGAGAUUAUGAAGGUGUCAACCAGUCUAAGAAGGCUGCUUUACCAUUAUUUGCUAUCAACACUACUGCUGGUACUGCUUCCGAAAUGACCAGAUUCACUAUUAUCUCUAAUGAAGAAAAGAAAAUCAAGAUGGCCAUCAUUGACAACAACGUCACUCCAGCUGUUGCUGUGAACGACCCAUCUACCAUGUUUGGUUUGCCACCUCCUUUGACUGCUGCUACUGGUCUAGAUGCUUUGACUCACUGUAUUGAAGCUUAUGUUUCCACCGCCUCUAACCCAAUCACUGAUGCCUGUGCUUUGAAGGGUAUUGACUUGAUCAAUGAAAGCUUAGUCGCCGCAUACAACAAUGGUAAAGAUAAGAAGGCUAGAACUGAUAUGUGUUACGCCGAAUAUUUGGCAGGUAUGGCUUUCAACAAUGCUUCUUUAGGUUACGUUCACGCCCUUGCUCAUCAACUUGGUGGUUUCUACCACUUGCCUCAUGGUGUUUGUAACGCCGUAUUGUUACCUCAUGUUCAAGAGGCUAACAUGCAAUGUCCAAAGGCCAAGAAGAGACUAGGUGAAAUUGCCUUGCAUUUCGGUGCUUCUCAAGAAGACCCAGAAGAAACCAUCAAGGCUUUGCACGUUUUAAACAGAACCAUGAACAUUCCAAGAAACUUGAAAGAUUUAGGUGUUAAAACCGAAGAUUUUGACAUUUUGGCUGAACACGCCAUGCAUGAUGCCUGCCAUUUGACUAACCCUGUUCAAUUCACCAAAGAACAAGUGGUUGCCAUUUUGAAGAAAGCUUAUGAAUAUUAA